AUGACCUCCCCCUCGCCCGAGCUCCGUCUCAACCAAAUCGUCAAAGGCGCACCCACCACCAACAUCGCCGCCUCGCCCAUACCUCCUCCCUUACAGUCCCUAGGCAGACAGUCAUCCGAGGCACAACAGUCCUCGCUAGACCCCCAUCUCUCGACCCUCCCGUCGUCUCCACCCCAGAUCUACCUGAACCUCCUGAUCCUCGAAUCUUCUCUCCGCGCACAGUACCUGCACCUGGUCUCCCGACGGCGUCUGAACACCUUCUUCCUCCUUCUCCUCGCAGCCUGGAACGGGCUCUUCUUCUAUGCGCUCUUCCUGCGCCCAAGAGAAGAUGGCACCGGCCUGGGCGGUUCCGUAUACUGGGUUAUCGAGACGGGCGAGAAACUCGCCCUGAUGGGUGGCGUCGUGACCGUCCUUCUCGUCUGGGGCACAGGACAAUGGGAGCGGGGCAUCCGAUGGCCGCGGAAAUGGCUGGGCACCACGAACCGCGGGCUUCGCACCUUCAACCUCCGCGUGGUCAUCACCAAGAAGCGCUUCGUCCGCGAGAUGCUCGGCCACCUGAGUUUCCUGCUGCCAUUCGGCCUCUGGCGCGAAGCCGGCGGCAGCGACUGGCAUCUGGUGGAACACGAGACGGGGAUCAUCGUCGAAGAAGACCUCGCCAAGGGCGGCGACGGCAUCAUGCUACUCCUCCUCCCCAAGUCCUUCUCCCCGGAAUUUCGCGAGAACUGGGAGGAAUACCGCACCGAGUACUGGGACAAGGAGAACGAGCGGCGCGCGGGCCUCCGCCGCAAACUCCACGCCCAGCGACGGUCCAAGGCGAAAGAAACGGGCGGGUGGAAGUGGUGGACGGGCGCCUGGCGUCUGCAGUCGACACGACACCCUCAUCAGCGUAAGCACCAGGAUCUGGAGAAACAUCCGCACGGCCACCAUUUACACGGCUCAUCGCACCGCGCGUCUCUCUCGGAAAAACACAACCACACGCACAGCAGGAGCCGCCAGUCGUCCCGUUCGUCGACGCCGCAUCUCGAGUUUGACGGCACGACGGAACGUCCGCUGUCCGAUCGCAUGCGCCGCGGGAGUAGUGUUUCCAGCACCGCGAGCGCGAGGCGCAAGACCACGCGGGACAGGAAGGACGGCACCCCGACGGGAUCCCCGCUCUUGAGUCCCUUGACCAGCACGAGCUUGAGCAUGAGCAUGAGCGGUGGCGCCGAGGACGAGAGGGAAGAGCGAAGAAGAAGGCGGAAGGAAAGAGAGGCGGCCAAGAAGGAACGGGAGAAGGAGAAGGAAAGGGAGAGGGAGAAAGAAAUGGCCGAGGUCGAGAGGGAAAGUCAGACAAGACAAGGGGAAUCCAAUCACCACCAACAUGAGCUUCAGCAUCAGCGUAAGGGCAAGAGCACGGGCACGGGCAAGGGCAAGGGCAAGAGUAAAUUGAAAGACGAGGUCGAAGGCACAGACGAGACCGAGACCAACCAGGCCACCACCGCGGCGGGGUAUGACGCCGGAGAGAGUAGUGUACCAACCACGCCGAUGAAUAACGGUCAUGACGGCGAGGCCUUUUCUCUAGAUAUAGCUGCCCCCGCGGCGUACGAGGACGGGACCAUCAAGGCGGAGCUUUGA